AUGUCACUCAGGAAGUACAAAUCUCAGAGCGCUCUCCUGCGAUCCUUCAUCGCCGGUGCUCCAGCUAACGGGGACGCGGAAGCUUCUGGACCGUGCCGGGAGGAGAGAGCGGGGAUGUUCAGCCCGGGUCAGCUGGUGUCGGCCCUGUCUCCCGUCGUCUUCCCGCCCUCCGCCGCUCACUUCUACCCGGCCUUUCCGGCUCGGAUAGGCAUGCCACAGCUCUCCAGCCUCUUCAUCCCCAGGCCCCUGGUCAGCUACGAGAUCUUCCAGAGCUACCAGCUGCAGCCUGAGCCCUGCAAGCAGGCUCUGCUCCUGGCCACCCAGGCGGCCGGACUGGUGGGAAUCCCAGAGUAUGCAGAGGAGCUGCGGCCGGUGAAGCAGAGGCGGGCUCGGGCCAACUACAGCAGCUGGCAGCUGGAGGAGCUGGAGAAGGCCUUCGAGAGCACGCACUACCCCGACAUCUUCAUGAGGGAGGCCCUGGCCCUCCGGCUGGACCUCAUCGAGGCCAGAGUGCAGGUGUGGUUCCAGAACCGCAGGGCCAAGAUGCGGCGGCAGAUGAAGCUGCAGGGCGUGGCUGGGGAGAGGGCGAAGGCCGAGGGCUGCCGGGAGGGCCCCGUCGCGUCACGGCCCGCCGGCCCGGACCCCGAGAGCUCGGACAGCGAGCACUGGGACAGGAGGCCGGAGAACGGAGACCGCCUCAGGCCCGAAACCGCGGUCCUGACCGCUCACGGUCGCGGCGGGGCGCGGCGGUCCAGGGAGCCGGAGGGAGUCCAAAGCCCCGGUCCGGACGAGUUCCGCUCCUUCAGCAUCGCCAAGCUCCGGGCCAAAGCCAGGGAGCACGAGGCGGAGAUACACAGCACCGCGGCCAAAUCCAGACAGGAGCUGCUGCCGGGAGACACGGAGAGCGACUGA